AUCCCGGAUAUCAGUGCGAAGGACCUUCUAAAAGACAUUUUUCGUGCAAUACGCAGGAUUGCCCAGACCUUUCCGACUUUCGAGCUCAGCAAUGUGCGGAAUACGACCAUAUCGCAUUUGACGGUGUUUACUAUCAAUGGAUUCCAUACACAAAAGCACCAAAUCCUUGCCAGCUGAACUGUAUGCCUCGGGGCGAACUAUUUUAUUAUAGGCAUAAGGAAGAAGUAACGGACGGAACGCCCUGUACAGACGAUAAAUAUGAUGUGUGCGUGGAAGGAAUAUGUCAACCUGUAGGUUGCGAUAGAAUGUUGGGAUCCAAUGAAGUAGAAGAUCAAUGUCGUAUAUGUGGCGGCGAUGGGAGCAUGUGCAACACUAUUUCGGACAUAUCAAAUAUACAAGAUUUGCAAGUUGGAUACAACGAUAUUCUUCUCAUACCAGAAGGUGCAACGAAUAUUCUUGUUCAAGAAGUUGCAGAAUCCAACAAUUACCUAGCGGUCAGAGACAGGCAUGGAAAUUACUAUUUAAAUGGCAAUUGGACCAUCGACUUUCCACGCACGCUAGACAUUGCGGGCUGCAGAUUUGUGUAUGAUAGGUAUCCUAGAGGUUUUAUGGCACCGGAUAGUCUUAGAUGCUUGGGUCCAACAAAUGAACCACUGAUCAUUGUACUCUUAUUUCAAAACAGCAAUGUUGGUAUUCAAUACCAAUACAGUGUUCCUAAAAAUGUUCUGAUGGGCGAUAAUGAAACGUAUGCGUGGAUAUUUAGCGAAUUUUCUCCUUGUACCACAUCAUGCGGAGGAGGAGUACAGUAUAGAAACAUAUCUUGCGCGGGCCGGAAAUCAUUACAACCCGUAGAGGACAGUCUGUGUGAUAUUAGUAAUGAGCCAGAAUCGAUACAGGAGUGCGCACAGCAACCAUGUGAACCUCGGUGGAUCACUGAGCCAUGGGGAAGAUGUUCUGCUAGUUGCGGUAGCAUGGGUUUCCAAAACCGGCGAGUGUAUUGUGAGCAAACGAUACGUGAAGGAUAUACGGUUAUUGUCGAUGACAGGUACUGUGUGCAGGAGGAUAAACCAGAAAACCAACGACAAUGCAAUCGCGGUAAAAUUUGUGCAACUUGGCACACUACCCCAUGGAAACCGUGCGAUCGACUGUGCGGUCAAGGACGGGAAACACGAGAAGUGACAUGUUACAGGAAAGUGGACAACAGAAUUGAAGUACUUGACGAUUACGAAUGUGAGCAAGAGGAAUCGAAACCGGAAGGACAAAGACCAUGCAACUUGCGUCCCUGCGAAGGUCUCGAUUGGGUCACGUCCGAGUGGAGCGGUUGCGAACAUUGCGGAACUGCCACUGAAACACGAAGGGUUGAAUGCGCCACACAAGAUGGACAACUGUACCCAAGAGAAAUGUGCGAGAAUAUUCCGCUACCGAUCACAGAGAGGCAAUGUGACGAAAAUAGUAAAAAGUGCAGUCAACAGUGGUAUGCCACACAGUGGAGUGAGUGCUCUGCUAAAUGCGGUAAUGGUAUGCAAACAAGAGAAGUGUUCUGUGCUACAAUUAAUGGCGAAGGUAUUCAAAAGAUUGAUGAUAGUAACUGUGACCCCGAUAAGAGAUAUGAUGAUACAAAAGAAUGUGUAGGAGAUCGAGAGACUUGCCCUGGGGAAUGGUUCACGGGACCAUGGAGUGAAUGCUCUGCGCCAUGCAAUGGAGGUCAACAAACCCGUAAAGUAAUAUGUAUGAAGGAUAAUUUACCCUCAGAUCCAGCAGAAUGUGAUCCAAGUACAAUUCCAUAUCAAACUGAACCAUGUAAUCCUCAACAAUGCACUGAAGACGAAAUGAAAACUACUGCUGAACCGGUAACUUACGUAAACGAAACCCUUUCUACUUCACAACCUGAUCUCAUUAUGGAUUAUGACUAUGAGGAAGUAUAUGAUGAAACUUGCGAAAAUGGGGAAUGGGUAAAUGAAGACGAUUCUACUCUUCCAAAUAAUGUGCAGCAAAACCAAAAGGCAAGUUUUGUAGAUGACUCAUUUUACGAUUUUGAUUCAAUGCUUGGAGAUGAUCCAAACGUGUACGAUACGCGGUUAGAUGAUGAGGGAUCAGGUGAUGAAGAUACUAGUUCAGAAUCGUCAACAAGCAGUGAAUAUACAGAUGAAGAUUACAGUACUGAAGGGUCUGGGGAAAGCAGUGAAACUACAGACUUUACUGACACGAGCAGCAUUUCCACAGUAUCAUCGAGUUUAAAACCCACACCAGAAGUUAUUCCCCCAGUUGGUGAGACUGAUAUUGGUGCGAAAGAUGAGGACGAAUUUCCUUUUAUAUCAACCGAAUCUAGUACUUCUGACACCACAGAAUUUACAUAUUCUACUGGAACACCAGUUAGUUCCAGUAGUGAAUCAACAAUUUCUUCUAGUUCUGAAAGUACCUUUAGUACUGAAAGUACUAGUGAAGUGAGUACUGAAACUAUAACUACUGAGAGCACUAUUAGUGAAGCCACGUUCACGUCUAGCUCUACUAGUGAUGAAACUACAGAAUCUGAUGUGACAUUUACUACUCUUUCAUCAUCGACAGAUACUACAUCUGAUGUCAGUACUGACACUACCAGUGAAGUAACAACUGACUCUUCCCUUAGCACUGAAACCCCAUUGAGUAGUAGUACCGAGAGUACAUCGGAAAUUACAACUGAAUCAUCAGGACCAACAGAAAGUACAUCGGAAGUAACCACGGAAUCGCCAGCUAGUACAGAAACUGUUAUAUCUACUAGUAGUAUUUCAACGACUUCAGGUUCUACUGAGAGCACUGAAACUCCUAUUAGUACCGUAUCAGAGGAGUCUUCAACGACGGUAAGCACCGAAAGUACAUCACAGAUAAGUACCGAGAGUACAAGUGAAUUUACCACAGACUCAUCAGUAAGUACUAGUGAAAUUACUACAGUCAGCAAAGAAACUACCACUUCCCUUUCAUCGUCAACUGGUGAAACUAGUGAAACAUCGAUGACUGAAUCAACUCCCAGCACACAAACUGAAGUAUCAGGUACUACAGAAAGCACAGAAAGUACCUCGGAAAUUAGUACAAUAAGUACAAGUGAAGUUACCACAGUAUCGCCACUUAGCACUGAAACAGAAGUAACAUCUAGCACUAUUUCAGUGCCCAGUGAAAGCACUAGUGCAACAGAAAGUACAUCUCAAAUAAGUACAGAAAGUACAGUCACUGGAACUACUGAAUCUACUCCUUCUGUCGAUAGUAGCAGUGAAAUUAGUACACAAUCGUCAUCUAGUAUUGCAACUGAAAGCUCUGUGUCCACUACUUUAGGUAGCACAGACAGCACAACGGAAGUUAGCACAGAGGAAACUAGUGAAGUAACUUCUGUUUCUACACCAAGCAUAGAAACUGAAGAAACAGCAUCCAGUGAAACAGUGACCACAAUUGCCACCGAAAGCACUAAUGAGAUGACGACUGAAUCUGGACCUAGCACAGAAACCGAAGAGUCUUCUAGUAUAAUUUCAACAUCUUCAAUUGGCACAGAAACGUCAUCCGAAGCUACCACUGAAACCGCACUAUCAUCCAGUACAAUUUCAUCAACCUCUGGUGCAACUGAAAGUAGUCAGACUUCUGAUGGUAGCAGUUUAAGCACUGAAUCAACGCAGCUAACAGGCAGCUCAACCUUAGGGUCAUCCGAAUCAACUAGUCUUAGUACCGCAAGUACAGAAAGCAGCGUAUUUACUACUGUUACAGACAUAUGGUCUUCAAUAGAGUCUACCGUCAUAACGGAAUCCACAACAUCAGAAACUACGGAAUCAGGAAGCACAGAAUCAUCUACUUUAGAAAUGACUUAUUCCACUGAAAGUACACCUUCGCCAGGUACUAGUGAAUCAACAUCAGAAGUUUCCAGUCUUAGCACUAUAUCAGAAAGUACAAUAUCUUCAACUUCAGAAAUGACCGAAAGCACUCACAGUACAGAAUCACCUACAACUAUUGAGUCAACUUCAGAAAUAUCUAGCAGCACCGAAACCACUCAGUCAUCCAGUACAAUUGAAUCGUCUUCUGUAAUGUCUAGUAGCACUGAAUCAGCAAGUACCAUGGAAUCGACAACAGAAUUAACUAUCAGCAGAGGAAGUACGGAAUCAUCUAGUACUGUUGAGACGUCUUCUGAAAUAUCUAGUAGCACGGAAAGCACUGUAUCAUCCAGUACUGUAGAAUCAACCUCAGAAAUAACAGUCAGUACAGGAAGCACAGAAUCCACCAGUACCAUUGAAUCGUCUACGGAAAUAUCUAGCAGCACUGAGAGCACAGUUUCAUCUAGUACUCUCGAAUCAACAUCAGAAGGCAGCAGCGAGAGCACAGAAUCGUCAAGCACUAUUCAAUCGAGCUCAGAGAUAACUGGAAGCACUGAGAGCACAGAGUCAACCACUGAGAUUAGUUUGGGUAGCGAGACUACUGGAUCAGUAAGUACUGUAGAGUCGACACCAUUGACAAGUAGUACUUCCCAAUCAACAGAAACGAGCCCCAGUAGCCAAUCAGCGUUCACAAUGGAAUCUACAGCAUAUGAUGCAUGGGGCACUACUUCAAUAACAGAAAUAUUCUCUACACCUAAACUAAGGAAAUGCCGCAAGAAGGUGAGGAAACAUUGUAGUAAAUCGAAAUAUGGUUGUUGCAUUGACAAAGUUACGCCAGCUAAAGGACCAUUUGAUAAAGGUUGUCCGGUGGUUACAACUUGCAAUGAAACUCGCUUUGGUUGUUGCGACGAUGGUGUAUCAGUGGCUAUGGGUAAAAAUUUCGAAGGCUGUCCUGCAAUCCUCUGUGCAGCAAGCUUAUAUGGUUGUUGCUUAGAUAAUCGUACAGCUGCACUUGGCAAUGAUUAUGAAGGGUGUCCGCCAGAAUGUCUUCAAUCUUUAUAUGGAUGUUGUGAAGAUAACUACACUGAGGCUAAAGGUCCCAAUUGGGAAGGAUGUGUGCCAACAACAACAGAAACAUCCACUUCAUCCCUCUCCCCUGAAACGUCUUCGAUAUCUACAACAAUAGAGACUUCAACAAUUGAAUCUACAUCAGAAGUAAGCAGUACAAUCACAGAAACUCCCAUAACGCCUACGGGGUCAACUACACUUUCGACUGUUGCUGUGUCUGUUGCAAAUGUGUCAUGCCAAGAGUCUCUCUAUAAUUGUUGUCCAGAUGGUGUGAGUGCAGCAACAGGCGUUGACUAUGAAGGUUGCGACAUAUUCAGAGACAAUUGUACAGAGUCAUACUUUGGGUGUUGUCCCGAUGGAGUAACUUCUGCCAGAGGACCUUAUUAUAAGGCUUGUAAAAUGCCAUGUGAGGAGAGUAUGUUUGGUUGUUGUGAAGACGGCGUUACUCCAUCUCAUGGACCUUAUAGGGAGGGAUGUUGUUUGACAACACAGUACGGAUGUUGCCCUGAUAAUAUUAGACCUUCACAAGGACCUAAUUUGGAAGGUUGCGGAUGCCAAUACUCUCCUUACCGCUGCUGCCCUGACAAUGUCACUGCAGCGCAAGGCUACUACAAUGAAGGAUGUGGAUGCCAAUAUACACGUUAUGGUUGCUGCCCGGAUAACUUCACAGAAGCUAUAGGGGUGAAUUACGAAGGCUGUUCUUGUCGCACGUUCCAAUUUGGCUGUUGUCCAGAUGGAGUGAGUGUCGCGCAGGGAUCACAACUGCAGGGUUGUGGUUGCCGCUACACAGAGUUUGGUUGCUGCUCGGAUGGUCAAACACCCGCCCAAGGACAGGAACAGGAGGGUUGCGGAUGUGAAUCCUCUCAAUAUGGUUGCUGUAUGGAUGGGGUUUCCGAAGCCAGUGGUUCAAACUUUGAAGGUUGCAAAGAGAUUCCAGUUAGUUUACAAGCUAGCUGCAGCUUGGAGAAAGAAAGAGGACCGUGUAGAAAUUACACAGUUAAAUGGUUCUUUGACAUGGAGUAUGGAGGUUGUUCAAGAUUUUGGUAUGGUGGCUGUGACGGUAAUGGCAAUCGAUUCAAAUCAAAGGAAGAGUGCAACAGUGUUUGUAUCGAACCAGAAGGGAAAGAUAGAUGCUCUUUGCCAAAGGUCUCGGGCACAUGUGAUGGAUACUAUCCCAAAUGGUAUUACGAUGCAGCUCAGAAAACUUGCUCCCAAUUUGUAUAUAGUGGAUGUUUGGGCAAUAACAAUAACUUCAAUACUCGAGAGGAAUGUAUGGAUCAAUGUGCUGAAGCCACUUAUCUUGACUCAUGCGAUCAAAGCGUGGAGGUAGGACCUUGUCGUGGAUCAUUUAUUCGCUGGUAUUAUGACAAGAAUAGUGGGUCGUGUAAUCAGUUUAUUUAUGGAGGAUGUAAGGCGAAUGGCAACAAUUUCCCAAGUGAAUCUGCGUGCAAACAACAAUGCACACAACUCGGUCAGAAAAAAGAUUCAUGCUCUUUACCACUUGCUACUGGUAACUGCCAUAGUCAAGACGCACGCUGGUACUUUAGCGAAACUGAACGACGUUGCAUGCCUUUCUACUUCUCCGGUUGUGAAGGCAAUCUUAAUAACUUCAUUAGUCAAGAAGCCUGCGAGAGUGACUGUCCGAAAGAAAUUGUUAAAGGUACCUGCCAGUUGCCUGCAGAAAUAGGUGACUGCUCCGACUACGUGCAACGAUGGUAUUACGAUACCACCUACAAACAGUGCCGGCUAUUCUAUUACGGAGGUUGUGCAGGAAAUGGCAACAACUUUGAAACUGAGCAGGAUUGUGAACAAAGAUGUAAAACGAUUCUGUUUACCCCUGCGCCUCCAACCCCACCGCCAGCUGUUCCAGUCACAAUUGGAACAUUCCGUCCAGAAUUCUGCUUCCUUGAUAGUGAUGUGGGUCCGUGCAGAAACUACGAUCCAAGAUGGUACUAUGACAGAAACGAUGGGUCGUGCAAGCAGUUUAUGUACGGCGGAUGCCCUGGCAAUGGGAAUAACUUCUAUACUGACACUGAAUGUGAAGAAAAAUGUAGUGGUGUACAAGAUUUAUGCACACUUCCACCACUUGCCGGUCCAUGUGGCAGUGGUUAUGAGCGUUGGUACUACAAUCCGUCCAUUGAUGCCUGCGAAACGUUUAAUUAUGGGGGAUGUCUGGGAAAUGCUAACAAAUUUUAUGACAAAUACGCCUGUGAAGUACGAUGCCAAAAGCGACGUACUACAACCACUACAAGCACACUGGCUUCUUACGUGCCAAAACCAACCCCAGGUCCUUCCUCUGAAUUAUCAAUCUGUUACGUUCCUGUUGAUACUGGAAACUGUUCGGAUAGCAUACCGUCGUACUAUUACGAUCCUCGCGCGCAAAAAUGUCUAGCGUUCGUGUAUACAGGAUGUGGUGGCAAUGCGAAUCGCUUUACUAGCGAAGAACAAUGUGAACGGCAAUGCGGUCGCUUCAGAGGGCUAGAUGUGUGCAAACUUCCCCGCGAUACUGGCCCUUGCCGCGGUUACCUACGUAAAUUUUAUUACGACGCAGUUUACGGCCACUGUGGUCAAUUUGUGUACGGCGGCUGUGAUGGCAAUGGCAAUCGUUUCAGUUCUCAGGAAGAAUGCGAAAAUGUGUGCGUCACACACGAAGAGCAGAAGCCCACUCUUAUUAGUAACGAGACUAAGAGCACCAUAUGUCGACUACCACUCGAUGUCGGUCCCUGCGAAGGAGGAUAUUAUAAGCACUAUUACUUUGACGAUUUUCGCGGGGAAUGCGCAUCCUUCAUCUACAGCGGAUGCGGUGGAAAUUUCAACAAUUUCAAAACGUUCCAAGCAUGUUUAGAUUUCUGUAAAGAUUAUCUGGUACCAACGGAACCUCCGAUUAUACCUUACACGGAGAAGUCCACAGAACAUUGUCAACAGUAUAUCGAAGAGUGUGGUACCUUAAUAUGUGAAUAUGGUACCGAAGCAUUUGUGGAUGACGCCACCACGUGCACAAAAUGUAGGUGUCACGAUCCAUGCACUGGUGUACUGUGCAGACAAGACCAAAGGUGCGCAGUCGAUUUGAAUAGAAAUCGAACAACUUAUGAUGACCCUACCUUCAUAGCAGUCUGCAGAGAUGUUCAAAAGGAAGGAGAUUGCCCUGUGAUGAGAAGCCACGGUAAACGCUGUGAAAGGGACUGUGAAGAUGACGCCGACUGCACAUUAGAUCUGAAAUGUUGCCCGACCAAUUGUGGCACCGUAUGUAUUGCACCUACAGUGCCGAUUCCCGCUCAACUCAUUACGUCAUCUCCGCAACCUGCAUAUACCCCACCUCAUACUGUCUAUUAUCCGCCAGUCAUUGACGAGGAAAAGUUCCAACCGCAAGUGAGUGCAGGUGAAGGUGACUUCGCUACUUUGGAUUGUUCCGUACAAGGAAAUCCCACUCCGCAAAUCGCAUGGAGGAAAGGAGACUUAAUUAUCGAUGGCACUCAACCAAGGUAUCGUAUAUUGCUGGAUGGUACACUACAAAUUAUCACUUUACACAAGACCGACGCGGGAAUAUACUUGUGCGCUGCCGACAACGGAAUCGGUCGUCCAAUUGAAAAAGAAAUCAAUUUACAAGUGACAGACUCCGAACCGCAUGCAACUGCCAUAGUGGGCGACCAAGAGAAUUCUCACAUAGUGGCAUCACUGGGAGCACCGACAACACUCCACUGCUACGCAACCGGAUUUCCUUUCCCCUCUGUUACGUGGUGGAAAGAUGACCGACUGGUACCUUUACAUACUCAUCAAUUUGAAGUCCACAAAGAUUACUCCCUUCUCAUACAUUCCGUUCAACUUUCCAAUUUGGGUAUAUACACUUGUCAAGCAUAUAAUGGCAUUGGCAAAGCAGCUAGCUGGUCUGUAACCGUACAAACGCUGGGACCUGUGUAUAGUACAAGACCAGAAGAUGUAAAGUAUAUGCAAUAUGUUAUAAAUGCGCCGGAACGGCCCACACCAAGGCCUUUACCCCCAACUAUACCCACCAAAGCGACCACACCUUCACCUACCCCGGAACCUCCAAAACACACCACUCUUAACAUUUCUCUUCUGACACAACUGCCAACAGAAGAACCGCCAUAUGUUUACCAGGUACCAGUGAAAGUACGCCUAACAUCAACGCAAACAACAUACCCCACCGGAAAGGACAUCUCCAUUGGUUGCGAUGUGGAAGGAUACCCCAUACCACAGGUGCAAUGGUACAAGGAUGGCCAACCACUUUACCCUUCAGAGGCCAUACAUAUUUCAGAGAAUCAUAGACUUUCCAUACACAGAGCUAAGGAGUCUGACACGGGUGAAUAUCGAUGUGAAGCGGCAAAUGAUUUUUCAAGAUCAUACGCUGCUACUACUAUUACUGUGCAAGUCUCGCACAUCGAAGCAAAUUGCACUGAUAAUCCAUUCUUCGCCAACUGUCAGCUCAUCGUAAGAGCCAACUAUUGCAUUCACAAAUACUAUGCAAGAUUCUGUUGUAAGUCCUGUACAGAGGCAGGACAAUUACCAUCAAAUGGUGCCAUAUCCGACGACAAAGACACAGCAUUAAGAAGCAAUAUGAUAACGAAAUGAAAAACCUGACUAGUCCAUUGAGUAAGAGCAGUAAAUUAUUUAAUAUUUAAGUAUGGCAUUUACUAGUCUAUCUGCACAUUUAGCAUUGUGUGCAGCUAGACUACCAAUUUUAGUAUUUCUUGUACGUGUACUAUUAACAAUAAGAUACCUAUUGCUCGUCGGCUAACUGUAGAUAAUAAUUUUAUUAAACAAAUUUUAUUUUUGUGCAAUUUAACUUUAGGAACUUUGUACAUAUAUCAAAAUGAAAAUUUGAAGCGUUUUUUGAUUUGUAUAAAUUAUGUUUGAGAGUAAAAAAUAAAUUACUAGAAUAAAUUAUUUA